AAAAAAAAAAGAAUUCAUCACAGCCUUCUUGACGUGAGAUAACAGCAAAAUGCCCGUUCGCCCUUGUAAUUGAUGUAUUCCUGCCGGGUAGUGCUCCACUCUAUGCAGCCACCUUAAAAAUAAUCUAGGAGGAUAUUGAAGCAAUCUCUCCCUGGAAAGACUUCUUUCUCCGUUCGGAGAUUUUGUAAUCUUCUUCUGCUAGUAAAGUGAAGGGCGUCGGGAGGAGGAAAAGUUACGGCGAGCGGAGAUGUGGGAAUCGAUCCUUCUGACGCUGGCGGCCACCGCCGGUAAUAACAUCGGCAAGGUUCUUCAGAAGAAGGGCACUAUCAUCCUCCCUCCUCUCUCUUUGAAGCUCAAGGUGAUAAGGGCCUAUGCCUUAAACAAAGCGUGGGUCACUGGUUUUAUUAUGGACAUAGGUGGAGCAAUGUUGAUGCUGAAGGCUAUAUCUCAGGCCCCUGUAUCUGUAAUUCAACCAGUUUCAGGCUGUGGACUCGCUAUUCUUUGCAUCUUUUCUCAUUUCUAUUUGAAGGAAGUCAUGAAUGUGAUUGAUUGGGCUGGAAUAACAUUGGCCGGGAUUGGUACCCUAGGAGUUGGUGCUGGAGGUGAAGAGCAAGAGUCUUCUCCUGUAUCAGUAUUUCAGUUGCCAUGGUUGGCAGUAGUGGUUGCCUUGUUGUUUGUAGGUAGUGCUGAAUGGAUGGCUUCGGGUUUGCAGGCGACAACGAAGAGAACAAGAUACUGUAGAUGGAAUAUGAAGUGGUUGAAGAAAUUAUAUAUGGCCUGGAAUCCGGCAUUUUAUUUGGCUAAUAUUUCUAGUUGCAGGAUCUCUUCUGUGAUAUCAAAGAUGGGAUUUGUCUUCUUGGAACAAGGGUUAUCCAGAUUGCUUGUUCCUGUAUGCAUCUCAAUCAGUGUGUGCUGCAGUGGGAUUGGAUUUUAUUAUCAGACAACUGGUCUAAAGCAUGGAAGAGCGAUUGUGGUGUCCACUUGUGCUGCUGUAGCAUCAAUAGUGACUGGUGUGCUAGCUGGAAUGCUUGCCUUGGGGGAGCGGUUACCUUCUGCCCCUGCUGCUCGUCUUUCCCUUCUGCUUGGCUGGCUGCUUAUUGUAGUGGGUGUGCUGCUACUUGUGAGCUCCACAAGGUUGCUACGACACCUUCCGCGGCCGUUGCGGCGCUUUGUCAAAAGUGGCAUUGACAGAAACUUCACUCCUAGUCGAUCUACUUCUAUGCGUGCUAAGGAUUCAAAUCCAAGCGCCGUUAUCCAGGCGGCGACAUUGCAUCACUUGAUAUCAUCUUCAUCAAAGCAAAAAGCGUGAUGGGGAAAUUUGAUUUAGAAGCUUUUCUGCCGUACCAGAAGCGCUUUGCUUCGUUCUGGUUAGUAUAUCUUUGUUGAUGGAGGGUUGGGGGUUGGAUCUGUUGGAAGAAUGGAGUGUACAGUUUUCAUGAUUGCCUUGUCCAGGUUUUGACGCCCACUUCAAUCUGCAACAUUCUGAAAAGCAAUCAACCAAAGAUUUUUUUUUUAAAAAAAAACUAAGAAAAAAGAAAGGAUGAAGGCCCGAUUCUAGAAGGGUCCAUCUCAUCCCAUGUUCCCUAAUGUGGUUCUAACAAAGUCGCAAAUGACAUACAAUGAUCUCCCAUCAACCAAUCCAUCCAAAGCUUUCAGCACUACAGAAGAGACAAACGUCGUCAGACAGACUUACCAUGGCAAUGGAGAGGGCGUCAGAUGACAAUAUGAACAUUCUAUUUCAACAUAAAUAAGCUUAGAAGCAGUGCCCCUGCUUUACUGUCGCUAAGAUCCCACUGGGGCAACGCCUUUCGCCUUCGCAGCUGCAGUAGCGGCAGCAGCCUUCGCAGCCGCUGCAGCUGAAGCGGCUGCAUUGGGAGUUGAGGGAGGCACCGGGCUCGAUUGGGAACUACUUCCCUGUGGAGGAGCAACCACCUGAUGAUGCUGCUUUUGUUGUUUCAUCUGCUGCUGAGAGUUUACUUGAGCAAGCAAAGCAUUUAUUUGGCUGCCUGAGAGCGUCUCCUGCUCAAGCAAGGCAUUAGCAAGGGCAUGUAGCUCCUUGUUGUGAGUGGUGAGUAUAGUCUUUGCAUUGUGAUAAGCCC